AAUUGAAUUUUAGCAAUAAAACUCUUGUAACUCAUAAAAUACAGCCAACAAUGUUAUGAGGUAAAAAAAUGGCCGUGUUAUUUCUCGUUCUCUUUGUUUCAACCGAAAUUUUAAAUAUAAACUGUAUUCAGGACGCAAGGGAUGACGUAACUAAAAGAGAAAACUUCGUAUUCUGGCCCGAUGGUGUGGUACCAUUUUUUAUCCAAACACGCAACUUCGAUAAAGACCAGCAGCUAGCGAUCACGUCAGCUCUAGCCAAGUUCAGCUUCAAGACCUGCCUUCAGUUCAAGCCAGUGUUCGAGGAGCCAAAACUUGACAGACAUGUGCUCGUCCUGGAGAAUCCGCACGGCAUCAAGAAAUGCGUCAUCAACACAAAGGGUCACGCGGUGGAGGAGCCCCAUCGUCUGACAAUCGGCUUUGACUGCUUGGCCUCGCCUCGUAUCGACAUGAUGAUAAUGCGAGCGCUCGGCUUCCCCUUCGAGCACAACCGAGCCAGCAGGGACAUCUACAUUGAUGUGCUGCUAGAAAACGUCGACCAGGGCGCCAUAGAAUUGUACGCGAAGGAACAAAAACUACCCAUUGAGUUGCGAGCGCUGCCGUAUGAUGUGAACAGUGUAAUGCACUUCGAUGACAGAGAGUACAGCAAAAAUGGACAUAGAACUUUUAUAUUUAAGAAUCCAAAUACACGACAAAAUCGUGUUGGCUUGUCACCUACAGAUCUUCAGAAAGUAAACAUCAUAUACGGCCCAGAAUGUAAAACACGUGACCGUCUAGCCAAACUGAAGAUCUGCUCUAAUUAUCCAGAAAACAAAAGAAGAAAGCGAGAGGCAGAUUCUGAGAAUAAAACUGCAUUAGAAUUAGACAACAAAAAUGACUCGAUAGAUGGUAAUAAAAACGAAACUCAUAUAGAAGUAGAGAAAAACGUUACGAACCUUCUCUUACCAUCAAAUAAUUUAAAUAUCCCGUCAAAUAAACACGUGCAAGGUACGAAAGAUGGAAGUUCUGAAGAUGUAAACAUAGCGAGGACGUCAGAUACGGAUAAGCUAUUAGUUGAAUUAGUGCGAAAAAUCAAGCAAGUUCGUAAACUCUCAAUAGCAUUAGCUAAGAGACAUAAAACAAAAAGUGGAUCAGCUCGCACCAAAGAUACAGACGAAGAUAUGGCAUUGACAGUUGUAAAUUUACUAUACACACUAUCAGAAAAUACCACAUCAACUGAUGAGGAAACUAGCUCGGGAUUGAAAGUAGCCCGAUCUGGUGGUUGUGAUAAAUGUAAUGGUGAAUAUUGUUCGACAAAAAUUCGGCCAUGCUGUACAAAAGACAAAAGUGAUGAUUGUGAAUCAAAAGAAAGUUAUGCUACUACAAAAGUUGAAUGCAAUGGUAAACAGUUUCAUUCAACAAAAAAUAGGCCUGAAAAAGUUUACACUCAACUUAGAAAUGUAUUAUUCUCAACUCGAUACUAUUCUAAGUAUCGGAGAUAUGUGGAUAAUGAGGAUAUCUCUUCUUUUCGACAUAAAAGAGAAGCCAAUGCAACUGAUAAUGUUGUUUCUGGAGAAGUGACAACGAUUCCGCAUAAUGUAACUAAAAUAGAAAACACAACUCUCAAGACAGACAAAGACUCAAGAAGAACUUAUUUUUUUAAUAGAGAUAUUUUUGAUACUGAAAAUGGGUUUAUCAAAGUGGACAACUAUGCCGCAAUAACACUACCACAAUUUGGUGGUUUUUCAAGAGAAGUCGUCAAGAAAGAAAGGAAAGAUGUUGAAAUGAAAAUAAUUAGAAAUAAAGAUAUAACAGAAGACGAAGUUAUGCCAGGAAAAAAGAGCAUUACCGAACUAUAUGCAGUUGAUAAUAUCCACCUAACAUCAGUUCAAACUCCUUAUGAGUUUGGAACGACGAGGAAGGUGGAAAAAAGUAUUCUACCACAAACUGUACAACUAUCUCAAGGAAACAAGGACUUUUACGGCGAACGUAUUUGGCCAGAGGGAAUCGUCUACUUCUCUAUUGAAAACAACCCAAAAUAUGACAUUAACAAUGUUCGACAAAAAUUAGAAGAGGUGAACAAAAUUUUACAAACCUACACAUGCGUAGAACUGCAAGAGAUCAAGGAAGAUAAAAAAACGUCAGAUUAUAUUGUUUUGGACACCAGCGCAGAUUUCGUCGUUGGAAGAGUUGGAGGCAAACAGAAGUUCGGAGUACUGGAGCUGUUCGAAGGCGGUCAGCACCGCCAGCACGCGGCGAUGGUGGUGAUGGGCAUGCUGGGGUUCUACUUCGAGCUGGCCAGGCACGACCGGGACAAGUACGUGCUAGUACACAUGCGGCAUAUCAGACCAGACAAACUGCACCACUUUGAGAAACUGCACGCGGACGCGACUCUCGCGGUGCCGUAUGACUACCGCAGCGCGACGCACCCGCCCUGGCAGUAUUGGCGGAGGUUGGGCAAGUCCGGCAUAUCAUCCGUCGCCACGCAUAAAGACAAAGAUCCCGAUGGCACAAUAAUGAAGUCUCUCGGGCAGAACUCACGUCUUCUCUCCAAGUUAGACCUCGUGAAGAUCAACAGCGUCUACGGCACGGCGUGUUUUGAAAACGCAAGUGAUAAAUAAAUUCUGUUUUAU